UCCUGCUUCGUCUUUUUCUUCUUCUUUCACUUUGCGAGCGUGUGUCCAUCUUUUACUUUCAUGUCACACUCAACAAUAGUUACAGCGACCUAUACACUCGUCAAAUACUCGAGAUUCUAUCCAAAUUCUGCGCAAGGUGCUACUUCGGAUUUGCAACACUAUACGAAGCCUACAUUGAAGUUUAUCUUGGAUGUGGAAAAGUCUAUAACCCGCUCGACAUCCCGAUACACAGUCACCAUCUCGGUACUUCUUCGUCAGCAUCGACUUGCUGUUGGAGAGCCCUCACCUUGCGAGCCCAAUCGAUAGCUCCUUACUCACUGUCUAGCUUGGGUAAAUCUGAAUAUCGUGAGCGAGAUGGGGUCGAUGGAGAAUCCAUAAUGGUUGGAUAAACAAGCUCCAGCAUAAGGAGGUGCAGAUUUAUAAACCAACGGUUCACAAUAAUGGUGGUCAGCAGUCUGAGAAUCAAAAAAUGCCUUGAGGCUGGCCAGUGGCCGAGCGCACGGUCCCAUUGAGGAACAGCC